GCAAUGCCUGUACAAGCUCCACAAUGGACGGAUUUUCUCUCCUGCCCAAUUUGCACACAGACUUUCGACGAAACAAUUCGGAAGCCCAUCAGCUUGGGUUGCGGCCACACUGUCUGCAAGAUGUGCCUCAACAAGCUCCACCGUAAGGCAUGCCCUUUUGACCAGACCACUAUCAACACAGACAUUGAACUCCUUCCUGUGAACUCAGCUUUACUGCAGCUAGUGGGUGCUCAGGUUCCUGAGCAGCAGCCAAUUACUUUAUGUAGUGGAGCUGAAGAUACCAAGCAUUAUGAGGAGGGGAAGAAAUGUGUGGAAGAAUUAGCAUUGUACCUCAAACCACUUAGCAGCGCCAGAGGUGUGGGUCUGAACAGCACUACUCAGAGCGUGCUAAGUCGUCCCAUGCAAAGGAAACUUGUGACGUUAGUUCAUUGUCAGCUAGUGGAGGAAGAAGGGCGCAUCAGAGCAAUGCGUGCAGCACGGUCACUUGGUGAAAGGACAGUCACAGAGCUCAUUCUUCAGCAUCAAAAUCCUCAGCAGCUCUCUUCCAACCUCUGGGCUGCAGUCAGAGCCAGAGGAUGCCAGUUCCUUGGACCAGCAAUGCAGGAGGAGGCUUUAAAGCUGGUUCUGCUGGCUCUGGAAGAUGGAUCUGCUCUGUCACGGAAGGUCUUGGUUCUCUUUGUGGUUCAGAGGCUGGAGCCACGGUUUCCUCAGGCUUCUAAAACUAGCAUUGGGCAUGUUGUUCAGCUUCUUUACAGAGCCUCAUGCUUCAAGGUGACAAAGCGAGAUGAAGAUUCCUCUCUGAUGCAGCUGAAGGAGGAGUUUCGGACGUACGAAGCUCUGAGAAGGGAACAUGAUUCCCAGAUAGUUCAAAUAGCUAUGGAAGCCGGCCUGCGCAUUGCGCCGGAUCAGUGGUCCUCGCUGCUCUAUGGAGACCAGUCUCACAAAUCCCACAUGCAGUCUAUCAUUGACAAGUUGCAGACCCCAGCCUCAUUUGCACAGAGUGUUCAGGAGCUAACUAUUGCUCUUCAGAGGACUGGAGAUCCAGCCAACCUGAAUCGUCUUCGACCUCACCUAGAGCUUCUGGCAAACAUCGAUCCCAGUCCAGAUGCACCACCUCCAACAUGGGAACAACUGGAAAAUGGACUAGUUGCUGUAAGGACCGUGGUUCAUGGCUUGGUUGAUUAUAUCCAGAAUCACAGCAAGAAAGGAACAGAUCAGCAACAGCCUCCUCAGCACAGCAAGUACAAGACAUACAUGUGUCGAGACAUGAAACAGAGAGGAGGAUGCCCCCGAGGGGCCAGCUGCACGUUUGCACAUUCACAGGAGGAGCUAGAAAAGUUCCGUAAAAUGAACAAGCGUCUGGUUCCCAGAAGACCCCUGAGUGCCUCCCUGGGCCAGCUAAAUGAGGUGGGCCUGCCUUCAGGAGCUAUCCUCUCGGAGGAAGGGGGAGUGGACUUGCCCAGUAGGAAGACUUCUGCCCUGCCAAAUGGAAUUGUACCAACAGGCAGCACAGUGACGCAACUUAUUUCUCGAGGGACUGACUCCGGUUAUGAAACGGCUCUGAAACCAGGGAAGAUGGACCAUCUGAGUAGCAGUGCCCCUGGAUCCCCUCCUGACUUGAUGGAAUCUGUCCCCAAGAGUUCCAUUUCCGCCUUACCAGUGAACCCUCAUCCUGUGCCUGCUCGGGCACCCACAGAUCUGCCUUCAGUAUCUGUGACCAAGCAGUUGCAGAUGGUACCACGAGGGUCUCAGUUGUACAGUACUCACCAAGCAGAUAUGUUUUAUCAAGAUCCUAGAGGAGCUGCCCCACCAUUUGAGCCAGCACCCUACCAACAAGGAGUUUACUACCCCACUCAGUCCAUAUCUCGCUUCGUCCGCCCUCCUCCAUCAGCUCCCGAACCUGGUCCCCCAUAUCUAGACCAUUACCCACCCUACCUUCAGGACCGUGUGGUGAGCCCACAGUACACACAGCCCCAGCAGUACCCUCCUAUGGGCCAGCCCAUCUACCCACCACACUACGACAGCCGCCGCGUCUAUCCUCCCGUCCAGCCCUACCAGCGAGAGGAGAUUGUCCGAGGAAGCCCCGUACCCAUCGAAAUUCCACAAGCAGCUCUACCUUCCUACAUACCUGAAGCCAGAGACAGAUACCAGCAAGCAGAGAGUUAUUGCCCAGUGGCUCCACACCUCAGUCAGAUCAGACCUUCAUGCCACAGGGUAUUGUUUCUAUUGUGGUUUUGUAGUUAUUUGAGAGAGAAAAUGUCAACUCCUUGAAGUGGACCUCAUCCCAGCCUGGAUGAACUUCACCGACGAAGGAAAGAGAUCAUGGCCCAGCUAGAAGAAAGGAAGGUGAUCUCUCCACCUCCUUUUGCACCUUCACCAACCUUGCCUCAUCCUUUUCACUCAGAGGAGUACUUGGAUGAAGACCUGAAGGUAGCUGGGAAAUACAAGGGAAAUGACUACAGCCAGUAUUCUCCCUGGUCCUGUGACACCAUCGGCUCCUACAUUGGAACCAAAGAUGCAAAACCCAAAGAUGUUGUGGCAGCAAGGAGUGUGGAGAUGGCGAAUGUAGAAGGUAAAGCCAUGCGUGACCAGCGAUUGGACAUGCAGCGCAGAGCAGCAGAGGCUGGUGAUGAUGACCUCAUUCCGUUUGGAGACCGACCAACUGUGUCAAGAUUUGGGGCUAUUUCUCGUACUUCCAAAGCGAUGUACCAGAAUUCUGGUCCCAUGCAGGCCAUGGCGGUUCAGGGAGCUACCACCAAAUCAAUCAUUUCAGACUACAGUCCUUAUGGAACUCACAGUGGCUGGGGAGGCUCUCCAUAUUCUCCUCAUCAAAAUAUACCUUCUCAGGGACGUUUCAAUGACAGGGAGAGACUAUCCAUGUCGGAUGUGUCUGGUCAUGGGAAACAGUUGCCCUCAGCUGAACGAGAGCAGCAGCUGCGCAUGGAGCUGCAGCAAGUGGACCAUCAGAUCAGCCAGCAGACACAAAUGCGAGGGCUAGAGGCUGUUAGUAACAGGCUGCUGUUGCAGAGAGAGGCGACUACCCUGGCAGGCCAACCACAGCCCCCACCCCCACCUCCCAAGUGGCCUGCGAUGAUCUCAAGUGAACAGCUGAGCUUGGAGCUACACCAGGUGGAAAGGGAAAUUGGGAAGAGAACCCGUGAGCUGAGCAUGGAGAGCCAAUCUUCACUGGAUAUAAAAACCAAACUGGGCACCACUAAACAGACAGAAAAUGGACAGUUAGAACCACAAAGCAAGGUUCCAGCUGAGGACCUCGCAUUGACGUUCAGCAGUGAUGUUCCAAAUGGAUCAGCCUUGACACAAGAGAACAUUGGCCUCCUGUCAAACAAGACAGCAUCUCUCAGUCUGUCAGAGGACCCAGAGGGAGGAGGAGACAACCAUGACUCCCAGAGAGCGGGAGUUACACCCACGUCUGCUCCAUGAAGUGAGGCCAGCAUACCCCAGAGAUUCUUCAGCUGGGGCGGUGGUAGCUUGCAUCAUGUUUUUUUUCCAGGGGUGAUUGGAGAAACCCAGGAGCAAGAGCAGUAGCAGAGCAGCAGGUCCAGAGGCAAUGUGCACAAACACAACUACUAGAAACAAAUCCUGCACAUAGUUCACAUUAACGCAUUUUUUAAUUAAAAAAAAAAUGAGAAUUAGCAGUAUCUGCAAGCAAUUCAAAUUAAAUUUGUUUUUGUUCUGUGAAUGAACUUUAUUUUAAUAACUUUGGACGCCUUGGAUCCCAGGGCUUAAAAAAAAGAUAUUAUAUAUAUAUACUCUGUUUGAUUAAUUGUAUGAUCUUAAUGAAGUAGUUUUUUGGUUGGUUUUUUUUUUUGGUAUUAUUACAUACCCAGUGCAUAAUUCCUCAUUACCUUAACUUCUCAAUGACUAAAACAGCCUGGCCAACUUCCUUGUAUGGUUUAAGGGUAAGCAAGGAAUUGGGGUUGGAAAGCAGCUGUGAAUUGUAGUGUCAAAAGAUGUGCAGCAAAUUUCAUCCUUAAAACAGUUCUUCCUGUUGUAGCUAGGAAAUGAACCCUAGCUUGUGCAAGACUUUUUGCUUAAGUAAUUUAAGUUUAAAGGAGAAGUGACAGAAUCUUUGCAAUGCAGCAGGUGCUGUCCUCACUGUAUCACCCAGCACAGCAUGUGCAGUUAAAGAAGAUGACAAAAUCAGUUUCCAGCAUAUGUUAUUUGAUUGGAAGGGUGCUGGCCUUUUAUUUUCUGUUGGGACUGAAGAGGUCAGCAGAAUGCAGACUAGUCUACUACAGCAUGGCUGUUAUGAAGCUGGUUAUACUUGGCUUGUGUUAGAAGCUUAACUGGUGAAGGCCAUGACCGAGGCAGAGGUAGGAAACAGGGAGAACACAAGGUUGUGCAGUUCCCGGAAAGAUGUUAACUACUAAUGUGCUGGUGAACCAUCUCAGUUCAUCCAGUGCUUGCUGGGGUCUUUUUCCUCUUUCUCAUUAUGCCUUUUAAACAAGCUUUCCUAAAGUCCUUACAAUUCAGUUGAUACAGAGGGACUUAGUGAUCUCUCUGCCUUUUAAAACAGGUCUUUCAUAUAUGCCUCCUUUGCAGCAAGUCUUGCCUUUUGUGUUUUCUUUAGUGCUACUUUAUUAAAAAGAUAAUUUCCUCUCUAACCUGAUUUUUUUGGGUUUUUUUUUAUAUUCAGUGGUACAUCAGUUGUGUAGUGCUGUUGAGAGGGCCUUUUACUGAGGGGAGAACAUCAUCUUUGUUUUGUGCACAUUGGUGAUGGCAGUCCUUAAAACACAGAGGGGAAUUCUUGUUUCUUUUGGAAAGCUGGCAUUGUUUAAAGUCUGCAUGUGUUUAGAAUUUGACAUCUGAGAAUCUGGAUGCACCUUACCUACCACUGCUGCAGCAAACCUUUCCUAGAUUCCCCUGCUCUAGGGGAAAAGAUGCACCAAAACAACCACUUCUGGUGCAGCACGGACCCUGCCAGAAGUGAUCAGAAGUAUUGAAAAGCAGAUUUUGCUUGAUAGAUCUAGUGUGCUACUUCUCCAAGUAGUUGCUUUGUAAGCAUGGGUUGGAGAAACAAUCAGCCUUUCUAGAUACUCUCGCUAAUAGUUCAAGAAACUAACAUGAUUUUCCUCUUGCUGCACAUUUUUUGACUCUUUGACAUGCGCUGGGGUGAGACCCUGUAUAGGAAGAACUUUGUGGAGAAUGAUUUUUCAAGUGCUGCUUCCUCUGCACCUUCUUGGCCUGUUCUUGUUUAUCCUUUCUGGGUUAGACUACUAAAUGGGAAAGCACUGGUUAUGUAAUAAAAUACUGCAUUGCUUUGGUUGGGUAAAGCAAGAGUUAAUACAUUUUCUUGGUUUUUAGUUUUGUGGGUAUUUUGUUAUUGGUUUUGAUUUUUUUUUUUUCCUUAACUCCUGCUGAGGUCAUAGCAACCUUGAGCUAAGCUUUGCAUUCAUCAUACUGUUAAAUACAACAAAAUGGGGGGUGGGAGGGAAUACAGUCCCACUAUUGCCUACCAGUAGGAGAGUCCAAACAGAAGACUCUUUUGAGUAGCAAUUAUUUAAUUUGCCCAGUCAAGGCACCGCGUUUAUAUACUAUUUCACAUUGAAUUUGAUUAUGCCCUACAGACCUGGCUGGUCAAGGAUUUGAUACACAUAUUGGCUUGGGA